ACGGUGCCCAAAACAAGUAAAUCAACAAACACAUAAAAUAGAUAUCUGCAUUGUGUUAAUUGAUAGUACUGUCACUUUUAUGCAGGUUUUGUAAAUCGUACCUUGCGAUUAGCACAUUCUUUACAUGAAAAAUAAAUAAAGAAAUAAAAAAAUAAAAACGACUCUGCCGUUUGCCUGGAAACAGUCGGUUUAAAUUCAAGUCUAACUGUGAUUUAAGAGGCUCGGUAUCCCGAAUUAGUUGAUGAAUUUUCUAUCGAUCCAGAACCAACACUGAUUUAUCUCUGACAAGCUUUGGCUGUGCCUAGCGUUCUCUGGACCAUUCUAUCACCGGGAUUAGUUACUGCAAUUAAAGGACUCUAUACUGCACUGACCCCAGCUUUGUAUGUAUUUUCGUGAACAAAUUAUCCAAAUUAAAAUCUGGGACUGGUAUAUCUGAUAAGCAACACCUCACGUUUCGUUGAAACAUUGAGGGAGAGGCGGUGGACCGACACCCACGCUGUAAAAGGGUUUUGCUGUUUGUUCUCGUAUAGUGUAAGAGUGAGGUAUUAUUUUGUUACAGUGAUCUUGAAAAUCUGAAGACGCGUGUGCCAGCGAACACUAUUUGCGAUAUGUAAAAUAAUAAUUAAAAAAAAACAGCAUAAAUAUGAUGUUUGGGGUAUGCCGUGCCUCGUCCUGUUUCCUUAUCCGGGAAUCAUAAAGGACCCUCGCUAUUGGCUACCGGUGUCACGUGGCUUCUUAACUUUGUUCACUUGACAGAAAGUAGGAGGGUUUUACAAAACAGGAAAACGAGUAAAGGGUUAGAAAUCAAUUUUAGUAUAUUUGUGUGUGUGUGUGUGCAAUUCAAAGAAAUUAAUGGCCAUGAGUUCCUUUUUGAUCAACCCGAACUAUGUGGACCCCAAGUUUCCACCGUGUGAGGAGUAUUCACAGAAUGAUUACCUACCGAGCCACUCUCCGGAGUACUACAGCGGCCAGAGCCGAGACGCGGCUCUGCAACAUGAGGCGAUGUUCCACCAGCGGUCAGCUUGCACAGAUCAACCCUACUCCUCCUGCCAGGGUCCCGGGCAGCCGGCCGUAGUCCUCUCUUCCCCUAGGGGUCACGUCCAGCCGCUACCUGAACCGAACCACUGUGAGUCGGUCACCCCAAGCCCUCCACCCAACUGCAGCCAAAACUCUGCGAACCAAAUCACUUUUUCUCCCACCAGUUCUUGCAAGGAGCCCGUAGUUUACCCGUGGAUGAAAAAAGUGCAUGUCAACAUCGUGAACCCAAACUACACAGGGGGCGAACCCAAACGCUCACGGACCGCAUACACCAGACAACAGGUUCUGGAGCUGGAGAAGGAGUUUCACUACAAUCGGUACCUGACCCGGAGGCGCAGAGUGGAGAUCGCGCACACGCUAUGCCUCUCCGAGCGUCAGAUCAAAAUUUGGUUUCAGAACCGGAGAAUGAAAUGGAAAAAAGACCACAAGCUCCCCAACACCAAAAUCAGGUCCGGCACCAACCCGUCCAACACAAACUCAGCCGGGAGCCAAGGAAGCACCCAGAACCGCACCAAUGGACCUCUGUCCAGCCUAUAACCCCAAAACGGGCUGCACCGCAAACAAAAGGAAGGGGGCACUAAAUGGCGAUACAAGUUCUCGUUCAUGGAAGGAACAAAACUUUAAAAAAGUGGAAAAAAUAAAUGAUUCUUUAUUUAUAUAAAUAAUAAUACAAAAACGGAGGAGUUGGAGUGGAGUGGAGUGGGGUGAGGUGGGGUGGGGGGGUCUGUUAUACAAAAGCACGGAGCUGUGUUUUUAAGUGUGUGUGUGUGUUCUCUCUCCAUAGCUCCCCUGUCUCUUCUCCCCCCUCCAUUAAAAAAGAAGGAUGCAGAUAGCCGUCUUCAGUUUUGGCGAAGAUGGAUCUGUGUUUCAUCUUUAAUCAUGCCAAACAGAGGACCAUUUGUCAUGUUUACUCUGCUUUACAAAGGAUGAACCUUAUGCCUACUAUUAGCCCGACAACCGACGUUCACUUUAAUGAAUGAGGCACCGUUUUGUCAAGGAGAACCGGAUUUUUCUUAUUUUCGUACUUUAAUACUUCCACCACCAGUGGUGCUGCUAUUAAAACUAACAAAAAGAAGAAGAGAAAACACCAACUAUAGAGAAAAACAGGGAGCAGCCGUGGUAGCUUUGGAAGAAGAAGAAGAAGAAGAAGAAGAAGAAGAAGAAGGAGGAGAAGAAGAAGAAGAAGAAUCUAGGAGUAUAUGUUAUAUAGUCUCAUGCAAGACUUUCUUUUGAAUCUAGGUGUUAUAUGUAGGUCGUUCAUUAGAGACACGUAUUAAAA